UGUGCGAGUAACAGGUGAUACCGUGCAGUGGGCGAGGGUCGCUGCCGCUGACAUCCACCUCGAAUACGGCGCAUGUGACUCGUCUCAGUUCUGUAAAAGAGGAAGACAUCGUUGUCAAUAAGUCAUCGGGUGACUUUGCAGCGAACCGGAGAAUGUGAAGUUGAUAGCCACUCGGAAAAGAGGGAAAAAGAUAGUCGAUAAAGUGAUAUGCACUUCCUUCGUGGCCUGGAAGUGAGAAAAGAGUGAAAGGGAAAAAUAAGAACAUAUAUUUUAUUUUUUUAACGAGAGACUUUUUGGGCCACACCUGGGAUGACCGCGUCUUGAUGGAGAUAAAACACUUUGGAAACUGUGCGACGAAGCAGGCAAACUUUUCAUCCAAGUUUUGAGCUCGGUAAAAAAGAGCAAAAUAUAUUAAAAGUUAAACAAAGGUGGAACGGAAUCUCCGAGUGUGUGCGGCCGAUCGUUUGGCCAAGACAGGAAAGGUACAGAAGGAAAAGUUUCAACCGAUUCAAAGAGUUUCUUCUGGUCGCCUUCACUCAACGCCUAAUCGUCCCUUUUGCCUCUCUCCUUUUUCCUGCAUUUCCUUCUCCGAAGAUCCUGCACUUCCGGAGCGCCUUGCGUUUGCCAGGCACACGCAGAGGCAAGUGCUCGCUCGAGGACACAGGUAAAUCUCGCGAGUGUGCUUUUCCGAGGAAGGUGCUGAAGGUGAAGCAGGAAGAGGAGGGAAGCGAGGAGGCGGCUGGGAGGUCACGCUACACACUUACGCGCACUACAUGGAGCUGAAGGAGCUGAGGCGUGUCGCUGAAGCCUCACCUGUCUGGGACGCGUCGAGGAGCUCGGGGCAGCGGCUGGUGUAGAAGCGUUUCGAUGCGAGCCGUGACUGCCACUUCCUGCGACGAGGCGAAGGCGGGAGGACAAGGAGGAGGAGCGCGGGGCCUGCAUGGAGACCGCGACGGGAAGGAAUUAAAGCAGAAAAGGCCGUAACCAGAAGGUGUGAAAGAAGUCACCUGAGCGCGUGGCAGGUAUAUACGGCCGGUGAAUCUCGUUUGCCAACUAUUUCAGUGAAUAUGAAAAGAUAAAUGGUUUGAAAGGGAAAAAGGGAAAAAUAUUUUGAACUCGACCUUUUAUACGCUGAAAAAAUACCGGAGUGCCCUCAAGGGUAGGAAUGGUAGACAAGUACCCCGACGUCCAUUAGGAAACUUUAAGCCGAGGAUACAAGGACAUACCCCCCCCCCACCCUCUCCUCCUCCUCUUGUUUCAACGACUCCGCGAGGUCUUGAAGAGGAAAAGACACCAUGGCAACAGUCUUUAACCUCCUGGUUCUCAUGACGAUCCUCGCCGCCCGCCCAG